AUGCACACGGAGGAGGAAUCCGAGAUGGAGGGAGAGCCGAUCGUCGACCAGGGCGGAGGGACAACCCUGCCCGAGCCGGGGAAGCAGGCCGAGGCCAUCAAAACCACGGAGGCCAAGUGUCGGGAGGCCUCGGUGAAGCCUGGAUUGAAGACAUUCCUCGUGGGAAACAGGUGGUUCACAGCCUGGUGUCAGCACACAGGCUUCACGUACAACGAGGCGAGGCAGCGUGUCUCCAUCAUCCGCCCGAGCAGCCCGGGCCCAAACCCGGGCCCCAUCGACAACAGCGACCUGCUGGCAGAGUGCCAGCAUCCUGCUCAGUCCACCCUGGACGAGGAGGAGGCUGCAGGGGUCACCACACUCCGCUCCGGGCUGGUGGAGAAGAAGCACUUUUGGGCGUUGUGCGAGCCGACCUGGGAGCUCCUGAAAGGCUGGUACGGUGUCGCUGGACCCGAGAUUGUGCGAGAAUACAUGCAAGUGGGCCUGAAUAGGUCGCGGGUCGAGAUGGACCCGGGGCAGCUGCACGUCAAGGUUGUGCGGGAGGCUAAUGAGAGCGCUGGGCUGGAGAGGAAGAGCGCAGUCAUUGCUAUCUCUGAGCUGGGUUCAGCCCGACGCAGAGGCCUGACCGGGCUGGGCAACCUGGGCAACACCUGUUUCAUGAACUCCAGCGUCCAGUGCCUGGCGCACACAGUGCCCGUGCUCGAAGUCUUCCUGUCAGGCGUGUACAAGAAGGACUGCAACGCCGACAACCCCCUGGGCCUGGGCGGCAAGCUGGCACUUGCCUUCGGGGGCCUGGUGGGCAAGCUUUGGCUCCCCGGCGCCUCCCACGUCAACCCCAAGCACUUCAAGUGGCAGCUGUCCAAGUUUGCGCCCCAGUUCCAGGGGUAUGCGCAGCAGGACUCGCAGGAGCUCCUCGCGUUCCUGCUGGACGGCCUGCACGAGGAUCUGAACCGCAUCCGCGUCAAGCCCUACGUCGAGGAGGGCGACGCCGACGGCCGCCCCGACGCCGAGCUGGCGGCAGAGGCCUGGCGCGCCUACCGUGCGCGCAACGACUCGGUCAUCGUGGACCACUUCCAGGGCAUGUACAAAUCCACGCUUGUGUGCCCGCAGUGCGGCCACCAGUCCGUGAAGUUCGACCCCUUUAUGUACCUCUCGCUGCCCCUGCCGGGGCCCAGGACGCAGGACUUCAGGGUCACAGUCCUGAGCAUGGACGGUGGGGCAGAGCCCAGGCAGUAUUCGGUCACUUUACCCAAGACAGGCAGUGUCGGGAUAACCUACUCCACAGUCCUGCCGCCCGCUGUGCUCUUCCUGUCCACUGAGGAUCUUGAGGGCCUGAAGCUGGCACGGAUAGAAAGCAGUACGAUAGGACCUGAGGGCUCGGACAAUGUGCUGAGCGCCGCCCUCCUUCGGUCACUCAGGCAUGGCAUAGACGAGUUGCUAGAUGCGGUGGAGGAUGCCGAGUUAGUGGCAGAGCCCAUCCAGGACGGUGACAUGGAAAUGCAAGUCGACGGUGGGGAUGCUGCCGAUGCUGGACCGCAGGUGGUGCCCAUCAUCAAGGCAGAGGACGAGGGCGCACCCUUUGACAUGUUUGCCGCGCAAGCCCGGGAGCCUGAGGUCAGCAUGGCAGGAGAAAGCCUGGAUGGAUGCGCAUCACAAAUUUUCACACUCAAGCUUGCCAAUGCAGAGGGCAGAGUGCGAUACAGCCUCAUUGGGGAUGAUGCCGUGCCGCCUGCUCUCCCCACCAAGGAUCCGCUCUGUUUUUUAGCUGAAUGGAGUAGCUCUGCUGCUCGCCAGUAUGGCAAGGGCCGAUGGGAUACCCCUGCAAAGCACAGAUCGGUGCUGGAGGCCGAGCAAGCUGCACACAAGCCCGCCCCGCCGCUCCGGCUCCAGUCCUGUGUCGAGGCCUUCCUCCAGAUGGAGCAAUUGGAUGCAGAGGACAGCUGGUACUGCUCAAAGUGCAAGCAGCAUGUUCAGGCAAACAAGAAGCUGGACCUGUGGUCACUGCCCGAGGUCCUCGUGGUUCACCUCAAACGCUUCUCCUACUCCCGUGCAUCACGGGACAAGCUGGACACCAAGGUCGAGUUUCCCUUGACCGACCUCGACCUUGGCCGGCACAUCCUAGGCCCGGCGUCAGACGGAUCCACCCCAGAGUCAAACAAGUACGAUCUGUACGCCGUGAGUAACCAUUACGGCGGGCUGGGAGGGGGGCACUACACGGCGUACUGCAAGAUGCCCGACGACAAUCUGUGGUACCUGUUUGAUGACGGGUCGGUGAGGUGUGUGCCUGCCACGGAGGUCCAGUCCCCCGCCGCCUACGUCCUGUUCUACCGGCGCCAGGGCAGCAAGGUCGCCCUGCAGGAGAUCCUGGAGGAUGGGGCGGGGAUACCCAUCGCCAGUGACAUGGCGGAAGUGGCGGGGCCGGAGGAGAAUGGGCACAGGCCCGCCCUGCGUGCCAGCCUCCAGCUGGAAACCAUAGACUCUGACGAUGAGCUCAUGGGGGACCCUCUGCAUGAGGACUUGGACAUCAGUCCCGCCUAG